AUGCAUAUACCCCCCAGCUACGUCACUGCUGGCUCAGCGACGCCAACAUCCACGCACACAUCGAGCAUAAUACUCCUUAAUGGCCUAUCAUGGUUUUCAAAAGAGACGGGCGAUGGAGGCGACGGCGGCGGCGGCAUUAGAUACCCGGAGAACUGGAGCAGUCUCAUUGGCAUCGUAACGGCGAUAGUAGGAAACGUGCUAAUAUCGUUUGCGCUCAACAUGCAGCGGUACGCGCACAUCCGGCUGGAUCGCGAGUGGCAGGCGCAAGAGCGGCAGCGCAAGAGGAGGAAUGCGUCUGGGCUGAGCUUGAACCGCUUGAAUGAAGAAGUGACAAAGUUUAGCGGCAGUAGAGGAAAGGAUCAGCACGCGAAUGGCACACCGGGCCACACCCAUCAUGCGCCUGAUGCAAAUAUCUUUGAGGCGACAGAGUCGGAUCCCCUGGUUGCGAAUGAGCGCUCCCACCAGACGAGACCGGGGGUGGAGAGGGGUGAUAGCGCGGGAUCGGGGCCGGACGACGAGGUCUACAAGCAAAAGUCGUAUCUCAAGUCGCCGUACUGGUGGUUCGGCAUCAUCCUCAUGACGGUGGGGGAGGCGGGCAAUUUUCUCGCCUACGGCUUUGCGCCUGCGUCCAUUGUCUCGCCGCUCGGUGUCGUCGCGCUCAUUUCCAACUGCAUCAUUGCGCCCUUUAUGCUCAAGGAGCCGUUUCGCAAGCGGGAUGCGCUGGGCGUUAUUAUCGCGGUUGGAGGCGCGGUGACGGUUGUGCUUUCGGCAAACGAUAAUAAUCCGAAAUUGGGACCCGGCGAGAUUUGGGAUUUGAUUAGGAGAUGGGAGUUUGAGACGUAUCUUGGUGUCACUGUUGGUGUGAUUAUCGUGUUGAUGGGUGCGAGUAAUAAGUAUGGGGACAAGAAUAUUUUGAUUGACCUGGGGCUUGUAGGGCUGUUUGGUGGAUAUACGGCGCUCUCUACGAAAGGUGUUGCGUCGCUGCUCUCGUAUACGCUAUGGCGUGCUAUUACUUUUCCAGUCUUCUAUCUCCUAGUUGCCAUUCUCGUUGGUACUGCAGUCAUGCAGAUCAAGUAUGUCAACCGUGCACUGCAGCGCUUCGAUGCCACCCAGGUCAUCCCCGUCCAGUUUGUCCUCUUCACCUUGUCGGUCAUUGGCGGGUCUGCAGUGCUCUACCGCGACUUUGAAAGGACUUCAGCGCAAGAUGCAGGAAAGUUCAUUGGUGGAUGCGCCUUGACAUUCUUUGGCGUUUGGCUUAUCACGAGCGGACGGCCUCCGCAACACAGCGAGGAAGACGACGAGCCAGAUCAUGAUGCAAUGUAUCUGGAAGGAGAGCGCUAUACUGAUGAUGUGGACGACACAGGCGACAAUGUUGCCAGAAGUACGCGAUCGACAUCACGUCCACUUUCACCACCUAUCAACAUCUCUUCUCGCUACCGCGAUGACGAUUCGCGUCCAUCAACACCAACCAUAGUUGUUAUACCCGAGCCAGUAACCCCACCGAAUCCCGUCGUUCGCUCAGUCUCCACAGACAUCAUGUCCUCCCUAGUGGCAAACCCAUGGACCCACCCCAAUGAACCCGAAGAGCGCACACCACCCCUAAACCGCCACACCUCCACCCCCGUCCUACCCUCCGAAGCCGCACCCGCACCCUCGACCAGCGACCCGGAACUCGGCCUCCCAUGGACCCCUACCAGAGGAAAAUCCCAAACCGACGUCUCCACCACUCCCGGCUCCCAACUCCGUCGUCUGCGCACCGUCGACCGCCCCCAGGGAACCCGCAACAGCAUCGCUGGCCCCCUACUCGCCAGCCCCCUCAGCACCAGUCUCAGCACAAUGGUCCAGGACCUCAAGCGCGGAGCCAACGUCCGCUACCGCGACCCCGACGAUUCUAUCCGGCGCCGUGGCAGCGUCCUCGGUUUGGGGUCUUCGUCGCGCGACAAUCCCGAUGACGGGGCGAUGAUGGGCGGGACUACCACAAGUGAACCGUUGAGUCGUCGACAGACGAGGGAUAGUCAGGUUGGUGCGUCGGAUUCUGCGGCUGUGAGUGCGCGGACGGGGAGGGGUAGGAGCCUUAGUGGGACGUUGAGUGAGCUUUGGAGGGGACUUGGAGGGCGGGGGAGUAGGGAGGAUAUUAGGGGGGAGGCCGAGCGUGAG